AUGAUGGCUACACAGUCUAAAAUACAGGAUUCCAUUCUAUAUCCUACAAACAUAUUGAAAAUGAUCACUAUACUAGGCUUAAUUUUAGUAUUUACUUCUUUAAUCGGUAUCUUGGGUGGAUAUUAUCGAGAAAAGAAAGCAAUACAUAUUUUAUAUACAACAUGUGUUAUAUUUGCAUUCAUUUAUCAAAUAUCAAUUGCUGCUAUUGUUUAUGAUCAAACAGCACAUAUUUCAAAUUGGCUUAGUGAUACUUGGAACGAAUCUACAAAAGACUAUAAAUUAUAUGCUCAAAAUAAAUUUAAUUGUUGUGGAUUCUCUUAUGUCUUGGACCAUUCAGUGGCUACACCUACUUGUCUACCUCAUCAAUUAGUUAACACGAACCAACCCUGCUAUAGGCCUCUAAAUCACUUUAUACAGACUAGAUUAACUCAUAUCUAUAUUGCUCUUUUUACUAGUUUGGCUAUCGAAUUAUUAGCUUUAUGUAAUGUAAUCAAUCUUCUUUGUACUGAAAGAAAAAGACGAGAAAUUAGUCCAGAAGAUUAUAUAAAGCAGUCUACCGGCAGACAAUUUUAA